GUUUUUUUUGGUGCGGCGGCAAGGGACGGGCAUGGUGCGGACCAAGGCGAACAGCGGAGGCACCGCCGGUGCCUAUCGGAAAGUGGUAGCUGCUAGGGCUCCGCGGAAGGUGCUGGGUUCUGGACAGGCGAAUGUUAGCUUGUCUCCUACAUCAAGGAAAGCUGAAAGUAAGUAUGCAGGAGGCAAUCCGGUAUGUGUGAGGCCAACUCCACCCUGGCAAAAAGGAAUUGGAGAAUUCUUCAGGCAAACGCCAAGUCGCCUGGAAAAGGAGAACCACAACUCGGAGGAGGAGCCCGGGUGCAGCGAAAUAGGAAAACGCAGAAAGAAAGCACGUCCUUUGCCUCCUUGUCCUUCAGAACAGGAAGAAUCUGAAGAUGAUCAAAUGUGAGCUAUCCUGCUUCUGGCAAGCAGAUCUUGUGUGCUCAAGAGUGUUAUGUAUAGGCUGUAUAUAUAUAUUGCAUAUAUUCCGUUUGAAUUUGAGCCUUUAUGUUUAUAAGCAUCUAGCAUGCUAUUCUGUUGACUAAAAAGUGGACAGACUAAAAAAAGGGACAAGUCAUUGAUACAAUGCUCUUAAUACUUAAGUGUUUUAAUGAUUCUUAACUAGUAACUACAUGCUUUGUAUUAAAUCUCGUUUUGCUGCUUUAUGCACUUCUGUGCCAUAUCGGUGUUAAAUAACAUCCUUAUGCUUCUGUAAAAAAAAGUCUAUUUGAUUGUUGCUAUGCUGAAUACCGAGUUUUUUCUGUAAACUAGAAAAUGCUGAAUAAUUCUUUUGGAUUUAAAAGAAAUAAGGCCCAAGAAAUGUACCUCAUUACAGUGGCGGAAUCAUAGAAUUUCUACAUGGCUCUGUAUAAUAGCUCAAGUAGGCCAAAUUGUGGUACGAAGGCAACACGAAGCACAGAACCGCUGAUAUUAGAAAUAACGUAUUAAUGCUUCUAAAGAUUUUCCAGUUUGCUUCCAUCUCUGUUUUGCGGCACUGGGGGUGGGGUUUUCUAGUUAACCAAUUACUACAUUACUUGUAAUUGUGGAAUUGGCGUAAUAAAGAUACAAUGCAGAGUUUUAUAGAAUUCA